GCCUGGGCUGCGGAACUCUGAGCCCCGGGCUCCUCCGCUGGGCUGCGGCGGGCGCGUCCUGGAGACUCGCGGCCCCUCCGGCUGAGAGCCAUGGAUUCGCAGGGGCUGAAGACUUUGAUUAAUUACUAUUGCCAGGAGAAGUAUUUCCAUCAUGUGUUACUUAUUGCCAGGGAAGGAAUGAAGAGGUAUGGCAAUGACCCGGUCUUCAGGUUCUAUCAUGCCUAUGGUACAUUAAUGGAAGGUAGAACUCAAGAAGCUCUUCGAGAAUUUGAGGCUACUAAAAAUAAACAAGAUGUAUCACUUUGUUCUUUAAUUGCCCUGAUAUAUGCCCACAAAAUUAGUCCAAAUCCAGAUAAAGAAGCCAUUCUGGAAUCAGAUGCCAAAGUGAAGGAGCAGCGUAAAGGAGCAGGGCCGAAAGCUUUGUACCACGCAGGCUUAUUUUUAUGGCAUAUUGGUCGUCAUGAUAAGGCGAGAGAAUAUAUUGACAGAAUGAUCAAAAUGUCAAAUGGCAGUAAAGAGGGACAGGUUUUGAAAGCAUGGCUUGAUAUCACAAGAGGAAAAGAACCUUAUACUAAAAAAGCACUAAGAUCUUUUGAAGAGGGAUUACAAGAUGGAAAUGAUAUUUUUGCCCUGAUGGGUAAGGCACAAUGCCUUGAGAUGCGCCAGAAUUAUUCAGGUGCUCUGGACACUGUGAACCAGAUAAUAGUGAACUUUCCGAGUUUCCUUCCUGCUUUUAUAAAGAAAAUGAAACUACAACUUGCCUUACAGGAUUGGGACCAGACUAUUGAAACAGCACAGAGGUUAAUGCUUCAAGAUAAUCAAAAUGUGGAAGCGCUCAGAAUCCUGGCUCUGUACUAUUUGUGUAGGGUAGGGGACAUAGAGAAGGCUGCUGCCACGCUGGAAAACUUAGAAAACGCACUGGAUGCCACAGAGCCACAAAAUGCUCGACUUUUUUAUAAGAUCACAGUGGCCUUCAGCAGAACUUGUGGACGAAGUCAACUCAUUCUUCAAAAAAUUCAGAUAUUACUAGAAAAAGCUUUUGGUUUAACACCUAAGCAAUCAGAAUUUGCUACAGAACUUGGAUACCAAAUGAUUUUACAAGGAAAAGUGAAAGAGGCAUUGAAUUGGUAUAAUACUGCCAUGAAGCUAGAUGAAACUAGUGUCCCUGCACUAAUUGGAGUUAUUCGAUGUCAGUUACUAGAAGGGCAGUUACAGGAUGCAGAUCAACAGCUCGAAUUCCUUAGUGAAAUUCAGCAGUCUAUUGGAAAAUCUGCGGAAUUAGCUUAUUUACAUGCAGUUCUUGCUAUGAAGAAAAAUAAGCGACAAGAAGAAGUUGUUAAUAUGUUAAAUGAUGUUCUGGACAUUCAUUUUUCACAUUUAGAAGAUUUACCACUUGGCAUACAAUAUUUUGAGAACUUAAAUCCUGAUUUCUUACUAGAAAUUAUUACAGAAUAUCUGAAUUUCUGCCCAAUGCAGCCUGCAAGUCCUGGUCAGCCUCUUUCUCCACUCCUCAGACGUUGCGCCUCAGUCCUGGAGACCAUAGUCCGAACUGUGCCAGGUCUACUGCAAGCCGUCUUCCUAAUAGCAAAAGUGAAAUAUUUAUCAGGUGACACUGAAGCAGCUCAUAAUAACCUGCAGCAUUGCCUGGAGCACAGUCCUUCUUAUGCAGACGCGCAUCUCCUGAUGGCUCAGGUCUAUUUGUCUCAGGAAAAAUUCAAAUUGUGUUCUCAGGCACUUGAACUUUGUCUGAGCUAUAAUUUUAAGGUGAGAGAAUACCCUUUAUAUCAUUUGAUAAAGGCUCAGUCACAAAAGAAAAUGGGAGAAAUAGCAGAAGCAAUUAAAACUCUGCACAUGGCAAUGAGUUUACCAGGAAUGAGGAGAACCGGAGCUUCCUCAAAAUCAAAACACGGAAAAACUGAAGUUGAUGCAAACCAUCGUCUAUCAAUCUUUCUUGAGUUGGUAGAAGUUCAUCGCUUAAAUGGAGAACAGCAUGAGGCAGUGAAAGUUUUACAAGAUGCCAUCCAUGAAUUUUCUGGGACAUCUGAAGAAUUGCGUGUUACUAUCGCUAACGCAGACCUGGCUCUGGCCCAAGGAGAUGUUGAGCGAGCUUUAAGCAUGCUUCGGAAUGUCACUGCUGAACAGCCUUAUUUCAUUGAGGCCAAAGAAAAAAUGGCAGAUAUUUAUCUGAAGCACAGAAAAGAGAAAAUGUUAUAUAUUACCUGUUAUAGAGAAAUUGCUGAGAGAAUGCCCAGCCCUCGUUCUUUUCUUCUCCUUGGUGAUGCAUACAUGAAUAUACAGGAGCCAGAAGAAGCCAUAGUAGCUUAUGAGCAAGCAUUAAAUCAGAAUCCCAAAGAUGGAACGCUGGCAAGCAAAAUUGGGAAAGCGCUUGUCAAAACUCACAACUAUUCAAAGGCAAUCACUUACUAUGAAGCCGCUCUGAAAAGUGGACAACAAAAUCACCUUUGCUACGACCUGGCUGAGCUUUUACUGAAGCUGAAGUGGUAUGACAAGGCGGAGAAAGCCCUUCAGCAUGCUCUAGCUCAUGAGCCUGUAAAUGAACUGUCAGCUCUCAUGGAGGAUGGACGUUCUCACGUUCUCCUAGCAAAAAUUUAUAGUAAAAUGGAAAGACCUGAUGAUGCUAUCACUUCAUUACAACAGGCUCGAGAACUACAAGCUCGGAUUCUAAAACGUGUUCCGAUGGAACAGCCAGACGCAGCCUCUGCCCAGAAGCAGUUAGCAGCUGAGAUUUGUGCCGGGAUCGCCAAACAUUCUGUUGCUCAGCGAGACUAUGAAAGAGCAAUUAAGUUUUAUAGAGAGGCUCUUGUUCAUUGUGAAACAGAUAAUAAGAUCAUGUUGGAGCUGGCUCGCCUCUACCUGGCGCAGGAUGACACUGACGCAUGCCUGCGGCACUGCGCCCUGCUUCUCCAGAGCGACCAGGACAACGAAGCUGCCACCAUGAUGAUGGCAGAUCUCAUGUUCAGGAAACAGGACUAUGAACAAGCAGUGUUUCAUUUACAGCAGCUUUUAGAACGCAAACCAGAUAAUUACAUGACAUUAUCUCGUUUAAUUGAUUUCCUGAGAAGAUGUGGAAAACUUGAGGAAGUUCCAAGAUUUUUCUUAAUGGCUGAAAAACGUAACUCCAGAGCAAAGUUGGAGCCAGGAUUUCAAUACUGUAAAGGACUAUAUCUUUGGUAUACUGGAGAACCAAAUGAUGCCCUUCGACAUUUUAAUAAAGCUCGGAAAGACAGUGACUGGGGCCAAAAUGCCCUUUAUAAUAUGAUAGAAAUCUGUCUGAAUCCAGAUAAUGAAACUAUUGGAGGUGAAGUAUUUGAAAAUCUGGAUGGAGACCUAGGGAAUUCAACUGAGAAGCAAGAGUCUGUGCAAUUAGCAGUAAGAACAGCAGAAAAACUCCUUAAAGAACUGAAACCUCAGACCAUUCAGGGUCACAUACAGCUUCGCAUCAUGGAAAACUAUUGCCUAGUCGCCACCAAACAGAAGUCUAAUGUUGAACAAGCAUUGAAUACCUUCACCGAAAUAGCAACAGCUGAGAGGGAUCAUAUUCCAGCACUUUUGGGAAUGGCAACAGCUUAUAUGAUCUUGAAACAGACUCCAAGAGCCAGAAACCAGCUGAAGCGGAUUGCGAAAAUGAACUGGAAUCCGAUUGAUGCUGAGGACUUUGAGAAGAGUUGGCUGCUGCUUGCCGACAUUUAUAUUCAAUCAGCAAAAUACGACAUGGCAGAAGAACUACUGAAACGGUGCUUGCGUCAUAAUAGGUCUUGCUGCAAAGCUUAUGAAUAUAUGGGAUACAUUAUGGAAAAAGAGCAAGCAUAUUCAGACGCGGCCUUAAACUAUGAGAUGGCGUGGAAACAUGGCAGUCAGACAAAUCCAGCAGUCGGAUACAAAUUGGCAUUCAAUUACUUAAAAGCAAAAAGAUGUGUGGAUGCAAUUGACGUAUGUCACCAGGUUCUUGAAGGACAUCCAUCCUAUCCCAAGAUCAGAAAGGAUAUACUUGAUAAGGCCCGCACGUCUUUGAGACCUUGAAAACUGUUAUAAUUUAGUUUGUUGAUACAGCAGGAAAGCAAAGGAAUCAGUUCUUCUAGUUCAAAAUAGGCUUGAGCCAAAACGCUGUAACAGAAGCAUCCUUUUCUUUCCCCAGCAGAGGCUGCUAUUGUAUAUGAAGAGAAAUACUGUGUACUAGGCGGUCUCUCAUGGAGCAGGUGACUUAGAGCUGGGUUAUUUGAUUGACUGUCUUGAUUGGUAACAGAUUUAGUGUCUCUGUGGUAAAGAUUAUAACCCAUUUCUAUAAAGAACAUUUUAUUAAAUACUAGGUAAUUAGGUAUCCUAUACCAUUUCUUCAGAGCAUUAGUUGUUUAUUUCAGGAAAUAUAUUUACAACGCUGUUGUUCUUUGUUAACACUCUCUGUCGUUUCAAAGGUUGGAGAAAAUUUUCUUGUAAAUAACAUAUGAAAACGAAAAAGUCUAUUUUAAUAAAGACUUUAUAAGUGUAUGAUUUGUAUUUCUCUUGGAACUCGAGACACAUGGUAAGUUUUGAAAAUCAGGGUAAGCUCCCUGUACAAUUCGCAGUGUAUAAUGAGUAAUAGUACAGGAUAUGUGACUUGCCUAGAAAAAUCUUUUUGGAAAAAUACAAAGAAUGUGAGUUUCCCUUCAUCGAACUCAUUCUUUCUGCUUUCGAUGUCAGUGUGAUCUUAAGAAAUCAUCUGUACCUAAAAUCAGUUACAUAGGUAAACUCGGAUAGCAAGAAUUAACCUUAAGCCCAAGGGCUCAGUCUUUGGGAAUGACUUCAGACACUGUAACAUCUGGCAGAGAAGGGUGUUGACCAAUAUUUCUGGUCAGCAGGGACUCACUGAGCACAUCCUGUGAAAGCGGCUGCUUACCUUACCACACCUAAAACCCUCUGGCCAACCAGUUCUCAGUCUUUUACGUUAAGUCUAACCUAAUCUUAAUGAACUCAGUUUUUAGCAUUAUUUUUGAUUUGUUGUCUAUAUCUUUCUCAGUUGUCUUUAAAAAUAUCCUAGAGUCUUCUAUUUCAUUUGCAUGUUCAAUAAAUACAGAGUAUUUUUUAGUCACUUGA